CACACACAGAUACACACACAUAGCUGAGGCUCUCGUGUUAUUUUGGGGGUCAGCUGUCAUUGGCCUCCUCCUCCUCUUCCUCCCCCUCUCACUGGCUCUUCCUCACCUCCUCUCCUUCGCUCCACUGGUACCGUGACCCUCAGAAGAUGGAGACGUCGGUGACAGCGGCUGAGCUGGUGGUGCCCCCCCCGUCGGACGGGAAGGCUAAGGAGGCAGAAGGCGAGGCGGCAGCUCCUCCCUCCUCCACCGACCACCCCGACCCCAUGGAGGGGUUCAAGAGAAGGCUGGAUGACAUCAUCAGCGCCUACGGGUCGGCCGCCGAGCUCCUGGAGCAGCAGAGCUUGAUGGAGGCAGAGCAGACGAAGAAGGAGCCGAUGGAAGACGUCCCCGUUGCCAUGGAGACAGAGGUCUGCCUCAUCAUGAAGGGCCUCAACAAGUUCUCCUCUCCGGACAAAAAGCUGGACCACCUGGUCAGGAAGUUCGCCGAAGUGGAGGCGCAGCGCCGCAGCGACCAGAGGAAGCUGUGCGUCCUGCAGAAGAAGAUGGCCGCCCUGACGGAGGAGCGCCGCGUGCUGACGGAGGAGCGGCGCAGCGGCGUCGGCGCUCGGAGCAAACUGGAGGCGCUGUGCCGCGAGCUGCAGGAACACCACGAGGUCCUGAGGGAGGAGAACCUGCGGCGCUGCCGGGCCGACGAGGAGAAGAGGACGGAGAUCACGGAGCACUUCCAGGCGAUGCUGACGGAGAUCCAGGCCCAGAUCGAGCAGCACAGCACCCGCAACGACAAGCUGUGCCACGAGAACAGCAGCCUGACAGACAAGCUGGAGGGCCUCAUGAGCCAGUGCGAGAUGAGGGAGGAGAGUUUGGAGAAGAUCAACAAGCACCGCGAGCUGCAGCACAAGCUGACGGAGGCCAAGCUGCAGCAGGCCCACGCGCUGCUGAGCGAAGCCGCCGAGAAGCACAAGAGGGAGAAGGAAUACUUGCUUAGGGAGGCUAUUGACAAAACUAAGAAAUGCUACGCUAUGAAGGAGCUGGAGCUGACCAUGAAGAAGAAGCUAAACCUCUACGCUCAGAAGUUUGACGAGUUUCAGGGGACGCUGGCCAAGAGCAACGAAAUCUACGCCCGCUUCAAGAAGGAGAUGGACAACAUGUCGGAGAAGAUGAAGAAAAUGGAGAAAGAGUCGACUCUGUGGAGGACGAGGUUCGAGAACUGCAACAAGGCCCUGAAUGACAUGAUGGAGGAGAAAGCCGUGAAAAGCAAAGAGUACGACGUUUUUGUCCUGAAGAUUCAUAAUCUGGAGAGGUUGUGUCACGCCCUGCAGAGCGAGAGGGUGAUCCUCUAUGAGAAGAUCAAGGAAGUUCGCCAGACCAACUCUGACAUCUCCUCAAAGGCGUUCAGAAGCCCCAACGCCAAUGAAUCCCCCAAUCCAGAGGGGCCAGAAGGACCUGCCUCUCCAACCACAUUAGACCUCCAGGACUUCCAGAAGGAGGAGUUGGUCCUCACGGAGGGCAUGUCCCGUUUGAGGGAGGAGCAGAUGAAGCUGCAGGAGAUUGCUGCCUCCCUAAUGGCCACAACCAGCGACAACCACAACGAGGACAACGCCGACGUAGAGCCCGAAGAAGACUUGAUGUCCUCUGCGUUUCUCCAGUUCCAAACCAAAACGCAGGUCAAGAAGGAAGCGGUUUUGGUCCAGGUGCUAGACGUCAAAUCAGAGGCUGCAGAAGUUCUCCCACACUCCGAUGAAGUCGAGGAGGAUCCAAAGCCAGCCGGGUCCACAGCGGUGGAGGAAACCUUUGAAAUGAUACAUGCAGACACAGUAAAAGUUCCAUCCCCAGUCCACGAUGAAGAGGUUCAAGCAGUCAAACCAUGUGAGCAGAUCCAGCAGCAACCGGAUGAACAAGGAUCCCAGCUCAAAGAAGCCCAGAUCAACCCUCCCACGGAGGCCAAACCAAAACCCGCAGAGUCCGAGAUCCAACCAGUGAUCCCAUUGGUGGACAGGAAGGUCCAAGCUGAACCAGUGCAAGGACCAGAGGAACCACCAACCGAGUCAGAAACCGCUCCACGCGCCGCAAACACCAAGACGGCGGGCUCCUCCAAUGCCGAGUCCUCCAAGAAGCAAACGCCAAAGAAGAAGAAGAAGAGGAACAGCAAGAAUGCCAGCUAAAGUGGAGGUGUGUGUGGGUGAGUGUGGUGGUUUUUUGGGUGUAGUGUGUGUGUGUGUUUGUGCAUAACUGAAACCAUGCUGUGCCAAUCUUUAGUUUGUCCCAACUGGUCUAGUAUUUUUGUCCCUUUUCUAAAGAUUCAAUCUACCAAAAUAAACCCCUGUUGGAGUCUACACUGAAAUCUCUUCGACAUGAAAUCAUUCGAUGCCAAUAAAGUCAUCUUCUGACAACACUACA